GCGAGCGGUGCGAGAGCUGCUCUUCCGUGAAACCAAAACGAGAUCUUAAUAGAAUUCAAAGCGAACCGAACCGAACCCAUCCAAUCCAUUACAAUCGAUCCAUCGCGAGUGCACGUAAUUGGAGCAAGCGGAUUGCCCGUUAAUUGCUGGCGACGGUAAUUGCAGACCGCAUAGCAAACUGCCCCAGAGGUGUUCCCCGUCCUGUUAAUGUGUCAAUUGAUUGAUUGCCUCGCGAUUGCGACCCGUGAUUGAAGCGCAAUGCUCGCCAAGAAGAAGAAGUGCUGGUGGAAGAUCCGCCUGCCGCAGGUGGUGCAGGUCAAGCAGGAUCAGUCGCGGAACUACCGGGAUAUCAUCAACCUCAGCGAGUGCUCCUCGGUGUUGGCCAACACGGUUACGACCAUAAGCGAUAGUUCCACCACCGAGAGCAGUGGCAGUCCCACCGAAGCUCGCCACCGCAGCUGCGACAGUUUGUCCAAGAGUUCGCAGGCGGAGGUGGGCAAGCUCUUCCCCCGGAAUAUGCCCAGUAUACGAAGGAGUCGUCGAAGGGCUGUUUCGGCGGAGAGAGCUAUAAGGGAGCAGCGACUGGAGGAUCAGGUGCAGCCACCUAAAAUGCCACAGAUCAAACCGGAGCAGCAAUCUCGUCUCUCGACAGUGACCAAUUUGACGCCCAAGAAGCCGAGUGGCAAGUCCAGUUGCUCCAAAAAUCGGGGCGCAAAUCCCCCGGCCAAGUGCAUCAUCAAGUCAGCAGUGCGCACGAAAACCAAGCCAAAGGCCAAGAUCACCCUGGCACCCUAUGAAAUAGCCCUGGAACUGCCCAAUGAUUGCCCAGCUCCCACUUUGGCCAUGGCAGUGGCCCAAUCCUCCGGUUGCGAGCAGAGAAAGCUGAGCAGCGAGGAGCAGUUCCACUCGUCGGGGAUCUCCUGCAACGGGGAGACCGACGACGAUGUGGAGGUGGCCAUGCUCACAGGCAGCCUCACGCCCGCCCAGCUGGCCAGGAUCCAGGGACAGGCCAGCAGAUCCAAGCCUCUGCCCUUUGGCGAUCUGAGGAAUCUGAACCUGUGCCGCAACAGAAACGCCGUCUGGCUGAAUCCCAAGGAUACGGAGCAGCUCAUCGAAGUGGACAGCGGCAGCAGGAGCAGAAACUGCUACUUUAACCCGGCCAUUGCCGAUGAUAUACAGCUCAGCGAUAUUGAAGAACAAUUGGCCAGGUUUGAUGGCCACUCAAAGAGGCCGCCGCCGCCGCCAGCAGCGACAGCAGCCAAAAUCACCCAGUCCAGCGAAGUCAGCCGAAAAUUCAAGCCCACGCCCGCACCCCGUUCCAGCGGCAACAUGCAACAGACCCCGCAGCAACAUCCGCAGCAGCAGCAGCAGCAGCAACAUCAUCCGCCCGGCAGCAGCUACUACACGCAGACGGAGAGCGAGCUGCUGCAGAUUGAGGCGGGUGGAACGGGCCUGACCUUCGCCACCCACUCGCAACGCCCCGAGUCGGCGGUCAGCGCCCUGCAGCCCACGUCGUUGGGCAGUCAGGUGGCGUCCACCUCCAACCUGGACGUGCCCUCGGCCGCCUCCAGCGGAAGUGGAGGCAGCGGUGGCAGUGGCGGAGCCCUGGGGUCAGCCAGUCACUUUGUGUCGCCGCUGCAGCGCCGCCACUGCCAACCGCCCAGCCAUCUGCCCCUCAACUCGGUGGCCUCGCCACUCCGCACCGCCAGCUACAAGUCGGCGGCGGCAGUGGUGGGUCACGGCUUCCACCACAGCCACCACCAGCAGUUGGACUUCCAGCGGAACUCGCAGUCGGACGACGACAGCGGCUGCGCCCUCGAGGAGUACACUUGGGUGCCGCCGGGUCUGCGGCCCGAUCAGGUCCGCUUGUACUUCAGUCAACUGCCAGACGACAAAGUGCCCUACGUCAACAGUCCCGGCGAAAAGUAUCGUGUCAAACAAUUGCUGCACCAGCUGCCGCCGCAAGAUAACGAAGUGCGCUACUGCCACUCGCUGAGCGACGAGGAGCGCAAGGAGCUGCGCAUCUUCUCGGCCCAAAGGAAGCGCGAGGCCCUCGGCCGAGGAGCCGUCCGCCUGCUGUCCGACGAGCGACCCUGCAAGGGGUGCGAGGAGCCUUUGUCGGGCGGUGACAUCGUGGUUUUCGCCCAGCGGUUGGGCGCCCAGUUGUGCUGGCAUCCCGGCUGCUUUGUGUGCAGCGUCUGCAAGGAGCUGCUGGUGGACCUCAUCUACUUCCAGCGGGACGGGAACCUCUACUGCGGUCGGCAUCACGCCGAAACCCAGAAGCCACGCUGCUCUGCCUGUGAUGAGAUAAUUUUCUCGGACGAGUGCACGGAGGCGGAGGGCAGGACGUGGCACAUGAAGCACUUCGCCUGCCAGGAGUGCGAGCACCAGCUGGGCGGCCAGCGGUACAUCAUGCGCGAGGGCAAACCGUACUGUCUGGCCUGCUUCGACACGAUGUUCGCCGAGUACUGCGACUACUGCGGCGAGGUGAUCGGCGUGGAUCAGGGCCAGAUGAGCCACGACGGGCAGCACUGGCAUGCGACGGACCAGUGCUUCAGCUGCUGCACCUGCCGCUGCUCCCUGCUGGGCAGACCCUUCCUGCCCAGGAGGGGCACCAUCUACUGCUCCAUUGCCUGCAGCAAGGGCGAGCCGCCCACGCCGUCGGACACGAGUUCGGGUCCCCAGCUGAGGCCCACGCAUCGGGCUUCCACCUCUAGCCAAAUAGCCCGGUCGCCGCGGAGGACGGGUGAGCGGGAGAAGGGAAAGGCCCAUGGUCAUGGUCAUCCGAAGGCCACGGGAAGUGCUGGCGAUCUCCUCGAGCGGCAGGAGCGUCAGCGCAUGGAGGCGGCCGGGGUGGCGGAUCUGCUGCUCGGCGGCGGUGUUCCCGGCAUGCCACGCCCCGCCCAUCCGCCGCCCAUCGACCUCACCGAACUGGGGAUCAGCCUGGACAACAUCUGCGCCGGCGACAAGUCCAUCUUCGGAGACACCCAGACCCUGACCAACUCCAUGCCCGACAUGCUGCUCUCGAAGGGGGAGGACUCGCACAGCUAUCAGAGCAUCGACAAGAUCAAUCUGAACUCGCCGAGCAACUCGGAUCUGACGCAGAGCACCCAGGAGCUGGCCCACGAACUGGAGCUGGACAACGAGCCGGUGCGGGAGCUGCCCCACGAUGGCUACGAGCAGCUCUUCGCCGGCAAUCGCAACCAGGUGGAUCAGGAGUUGGACGACGAGCAGCUGGACAACCGGCCGCUGAAGGAGGUGCGCUUCCACAGCGUCCAGGACACGAUGUCGCGGUCCAAGAGCUACACGGACAACUCGAAUGCCCGGCGGCGGAGGAGGCGUCGCAACCAGUCGCGCAGCUCCUCGGAGAUGCAGAUCAACCAGACGAAUCUCCGCCUGCACAAUGCCCAGACGCAGGUGGGAACGGGGACGGGAACGGGGCCACUCAACCUGCUGAACAACCUGGACAACUGUGACGUGGCCAGCAUCUGCUCCACCUGCUCCUCCAGCUCAUCCAGCGACAUGGACGACUAUGUGUACCGGCUGCCGGCGAGGAAGCAUUACGGCGGAGUGCGAGUGGCCUAUGUGCCCAACGAUGCACUGGCCUACGAGCGCAAGAAGAAGAUGGCCCAGGAGGGGGGUGUGGCUCCUGGAGGAGGCAGUGCAUCCAUGGGUGUGGGCGGUUCACCGGCAAUCAUGCACGAGAGCAAGAACUGCACGAUUUCCUGACCACCCCCCAUGCUGCCGCCGCCGCCCUUCAACCUGAGCAGCUACUACAUCCUGGACACGAUCCUCGAGGAGCAGAGUCUGAUGCUGCCGGAGAAGAAGCCCGGCUGCCUGCGGAGGGUGUGGAACUUCUUUGGGCUGGGCAAGCCCCGUCACUCCAACUCCCAGCACACCAGCAAUGGACGACUAUACAGCGUGUAGGUUUGGAAAGAGAGUGGUUCUCAACACGGUUGACUGGGUGAUUUCCUUAUAGAUAUGAGAAAUCCAAGGACACCUUACAACCGUGGCUGUAAAUAACAUAUCGACAUGUAUAAUACACCCGAUAAGAAGGCACAUAUGAGAUCAGAGAUGAGAGAAAUCGUUGUACAAAGCUAAAACUAUAUCAUAUUUGCAUAUUCAUAUACACAUGCCUCGUCAAGGGGCAUUACCAUAAAUAUUAAGUUAUUCUAGUGUUAGAUCUUAGGCAGAACCGAAUCAAACGAAAAGUAGAGACCACAAACAACAAAUCGCAAUCAACGAACAAUAAAAUCCAACGAAAUCCAAUCGAUGGCCAACAAAAGAAUCUCCAAAAGAGUGAAAGUAUUAUCUGUUUCAGAUAUUAGCCAAACGUGCAAUAAUUUAAAAUGGCAAAAGCAGAACGCAGAAAAAAAACAAACACAACGAAACUUGGAAUCCAUUAACAUUUACAACAUACAUUUGCAGUUUCUUUUCCUCGCAUAUUUUGUAAAACAAAUCGUAUUGAAGAUUCUUUUGUUUGCAAGCCAAACGUUUUAUGUAAUUUGCGUGCUUUCCCCGCAGCGUGAAAGUGAAAUUGUUAUAUAAAGGGAAUGUGUCCAGAAUACUUGAAGUGAAGAAAGUUUUGUAACCAACCAACCAGUGAGAGUUUAACGAAAACCUAUGUCUAAGCUAUGCUAUAUCAACAAGUGUGUAUGGAAACAUAAUCA